UAUCAACUGAUAAGAAGGUCAACAUAAAUUAGAGAGCAAGACAACUGAGAUCAACUAUAUCGACACAAAAAUUUGCAGCGCCAUUGGUUUAAUUCUCAAGACUUUAUAAUUAACUGAAAACGAUUAUCACCGCAAUUAUGGGUGAUGUCAAUAUCUAAAGCAUUAUUAAGUAUAGCAGGAAUAACUGCCGGAGCUGCUAUCCUUAUAAAUCUACCUACUCAAUUCUUCAUGGCUACUGAGAAAGCUACGCUUCAGUAUUUACACACUGCCAAACUACAGACAAUAGAUCAGACCAAAAACAAUUUUUCAGCAUCAGAUCUAUGGAAAGAUAAUGGUGUGGUUCUUAUGGCAGUCAGAAGACCAGGAUGAUCUUUGUGCAGAGAGGAAGCCAUUGGGCUGUCCUCUCUGCUACCUGAGCUUGAAGCCCAUCGAGUCCAGCUGCAUGCUGUAGUUCAUGAGACUCUGGGAGUUGAUGAGUUCAAACCAUUUUUCAAAGGAAAUGUUUAUCUAGAUUUAGAGAAAAAGUUUUAUGGACCAAAAGAGAGGUGGACAUCAUUGUUUAGUCUUCUUAGAUUUGGUGUCAUGAAAAAUAUCUAUCGUGUAAAAAAGAAAAGUAUUCCUGGUAACAUGAUAGGUGAAGGAAGACUUCUAGGAGGUGUAUACGUGAUUGGACCAGGAGAGCAAGGUAUAUUAUUUCAAUAUCAUGAGAAAGAAUUUGGUGAUCAUGCUGAUCUGAAAGAUAUAAUGGCUGCUGUUGAAAACAUCAAAUCUACAUAAUAUAUAUAUAACAUUUGUUUACACCUAAGUGCCUUUUGAUCAAACUAUGCCUAAAUAUAAAUAGAUUCUAUGUUUUUCUAUUUUUUGUUUAUGACAUCUGAUUUUUCUUGAAAUUUGACUCUCAAAAAUUGCAAAAACAAAUAUAUGUUCAUUCGCUUACUUUUAGAGGUAUUACAAUUUGAAUUUUGCAUUUUUGGGGUAAAAACAGAAAUUUCUUGUUUCAAUACUUUUCCUCAAAAACUUUCAAAUAAAAAAGAGAAAUUUUCAUCAUUUUUCUUAUCAAAGUAUUCAAAGCUUACAAUAUUUAGUAUAUUAAAAGUAAAAUAAAAAAAAAUUAACCCCCAAAACAAAUUCAAAAUAGAAAGUCCCUGAACAAAUAGCAAAAUCAAAGCUCAAACAAAAUCAAGGUUAAAUGCAAUACAAUUUGUGUUACAAAUGUCAGAUAAAAUAAAAAGUCUCAAACAAAAUCAAGGUUAAAUGCAAUACAAUUUGUUGUCAGAUAAAAUAAAAAGUCUCAAACAAAAUCAAGGUUAAAUACAAAACUAUUUGUGUGACAUCUUACAGUAAUUGAUGAGAUAAGUCAUCACCUGUUACUUUUACAUGCUCUUUACGGUAUUGAUUUUUAUUUUAGUUCAAGGCUACACAAACAUCAGUUAAAGGAUGAAUAAUAAGUCUUGUAACUUAAUGCUUCUGCCUUUACUUUGAAGUAUGUUGCUUUUGUCUUUUACUUGCAAAACUCAUCAAAAUAGAAACUUUUGACAAUCUUUCACAUUUAUUUUUUGAAAUUAGCAUUUCUUCCCUACAAAUUCUAGUUUUAUUAGUGUCAUAACAAAAGCAGAUUUAUAUAAAGAUGAUAAUCAAAAUAUUUCUAUUUAAUGCCAUAAAUAAAUGAUAAAAGGAUUGUUUGACCACCACAUUAUAGUUGGGUUCAAUGUUUAUGUAUUUUUAUAUUGUAUAUUAAUUAGAACAAAGUAUUAGAAGUAUAUUUAAAAUGUUUAAACAGUUGUAUUUUCUGAUAUUAUUUUAUUUUCAUUACAUGACAAAUAUAAACAAACAGAUAUUGUGAAUUAUAUAUGGUUAGUGAGAGUACAUUUUUUUUAAAGGUACAUGUAUUAGCACAUUAAUGCGCCUUUAAAACAGAAAACUAAUUUAAAAAUUCUUGGUUAGCUAUGGAUAUCAUAUGAUUGCUGGCAAUGUCAAUACUAGUACACUUUUGAUAAGAAAGUCAGUUUAAACAAAUGUAAGACAAUAAGUUUACUUCUUUUAAUUGAUUUCAUACAAAAGUGAAACAGAAGUUUAUUCAUGAUUAAUAGAUGGAAGAGUAUCUUCAGCAAGUUUACAGUAAAAAAAAAUAUCUUUAGAUUUUACUGUAUUUUUAACAUAUAAAUUCUUUUGGUGUUGCUGUUAGCAUUUCACCUUGAAGCUACCAUGAAGCUGAUAGUAGAACCCGAUUGUUUUUGUUCCUCACAGAUAAAAUUGGUGUUAAGAUAAAAAUGGUGCAAUGAUUUGCAUUGCCUCUGUUAUGUAUAUUUGCCAUGUUGUGACCAAUGUUAUAUUUUAUUUGUUAUGUUGUGACCAAUGUUGUUUUAUAUGCCCUGUUGUUGCCUGAGUUAUGUUUAUUAGCCACAUUGUUGUCUGUAUUAUGAUUUAUGUGCCAUGUUGAAAGGAUUUUAUACCAUACCUAUGAUAUCUGAAGUAUAAAUUUUCUUACUACUUUAGAUGGAUCUUCUAAUGGUUAUAUAUUAUCCUGACAAUGUUGCAUCUAGUUUCAUAUUAUUGUAGUGCCACAAAAUCAUUGGUCAUGUUGACCUUAUAAAAACUGUGUUCAUUCUAUAUGUUAGGUAGCUUUUGAGCAUAAUUCAAGAGCUAGUUUAGAUAUGAUUAUAUUCCAGUAUUCCUCUAGUUAUUCCCUGGGAGUUGUUUAUAUUCAGAAAUCAUUGGGUGAUUUUUUUUGUUGUGUUUGAGGGCUUUUUAAAUAGCCUUAUCAGCAUUAUUGACAAUUUGAUAUUAGAAAUUAGAGUUAUUUGUUAUCUAAGUAUAUUGUUUUAUAUGUUUUAUGAUGUUUAAAUAAAGUACAAAUUUUAAUUACA